AUGAGCGACGCCUACCCGAUAAACCAGGUAUACCUCCACAACUACCUUCAUCUCGCUGGCAUUGCCAUAUUCUACUACGACUACGCAUUGACGUUUGGAGACGAGUAUGCGCGAAUUUGGCGACAGCCGAAAUCACGAGCGUCCUGGCUAUUCUGUCUGAAUCGCUAUCUCACGGCUCUUGGCGACAUUGCCGUAAAUGUAGGAAACUUUUACGAAUUUAAAACGGCAAAGGGGUGCGUGUUUAUGCAACGGCAUCACCACCAUGUCGAUAACGCUUUACUAGUUGUGGUCUGCGUACUUUUAUGUUUGCGCAUCUAUGCGGUCUAUCGCAAAGACAAGCGCGUUUUGGCCUUUGUCCUUGGAACAGGUAUCACGUUGGCAGGGCUUUCAAUUUACGCAGUCACCGGACAGAAUGAAGGCAUCUCACUGAGUGGGGGAUGCCAUUAUGCUGCCUCUCGCAUCACGUACGUUGUCGAUAAAUCUUAUGCAUUAAGCAACUCUAUUUUAAUCUAUCGGUCGUACCAUUCGCUCUCUAGUGCAAUACGCAUCGCUGUGGCUUGGGAAUCAUUGUUUGUGUACGACGUGAUGAUAUUCAGCCUCACGAUGUACAAGACAUGGAAAGAUCGCCACCUCUACGCCCCCCUCCCCGGCCGCAAUGGUAUCCUGACCCUCGUUUUCAGAGAUGGCGCGAUAUAUUUUGCAGUGAUGGCCUCCGUGAAUCUCGCCAACACGUUGACAUUCUAUGUACGGCCAGUUCCCAUGCAUGUUUUCCCCGUCGCUGACACUGCGCAGUUCUUACAGCCCCUUCUGCGUGGGGUGCUCUCCACAUUCGCCAGUAGCGUGUCUGUCACCAUGAUGUCACGGCUCAUGUUGAAUCUACACGAGAGCGCGAGCGCGCACCCAAGCCUCGCCACCAACCCUAAUGACAGCCAAAAUUCCACGACUAUUCUUUUUACCUCCCACAUGAUGGACUACGAACCGGGCACACAUCUCGAGACCCUUCCUGAAGUCGACAUUGAGGAAAUCCCGGACGACUCCCCGACGGUCGUCCCCGAGCUCUUUGAAAUGCAGGACAUUGAUACCCCACAUCGACGCAACUACGAUCUUGAUCGGAUCGCGUAA